AUGGCCCAGCAAGACUACAAGUUCGAGGGCUGGCUCGGCCUCGACGAGAAGGCCGACCAAGGCAACAUGGUCUGGCGGGAAUUCGAGCCCAAGCCAUGGGAGGAGACCGACAUCGACAUCGAGGUGACACACAGCGGCAUCUGCGGCUCCGACCUGCACGCGCUGCGCAGCGGCUGGGGCCCGAUGCCGUACCCCGUCUGCGUGGGGCACGAGAUCGUCGGGCGCGCCGUGCGCGUGGGCUCCCGGGCCGAGGGCGGCAUCAAGGUGGGCGACCUCGUCGGCGUCGGCGCGCAGGCCGACUCGUGCCUGGGCCGCCUCGGCUCCGCCUGCGCCGACUGCGCCUCGGGCAGCGAGCAGUACUGCCCGCGGCCGGUGCACACCUACGGCAGCCUGCGGCACUACAACGGCGGCAAGGCCAUGGGCGGGCACGCCACGCACCACCGCUGCCCGUCGCACUUUGUCGUGCCCAUCCCGGCCGGGCUCGACCCGGCGCUCGCGGCGCCCAUGCUCUGCGGCGGCGUGACCGUCUACUCGCCGCUGCGGCACCACGGCGCCGGCCCGGGAAAGACGGUCGGGAUCGUCGGCGUCGGCGGGCUGGGCCACUUCGGCGUGCUGUUCGCGCGGGCGCUGGGCGCCGACCGCGUCGUGGGGAUAUCGCGCCGCGCCGACAAGCGCGACGAGGUGCUGCGCAUGGGCGCCGACGAGUACAUCGCGACCGACGACGACGCGGGGUGGGAGGCCAGGCACGCGCGCACGCUCGACGUCGUCAUCAUGACCGUGUCGUCGUCGCGGGCGCCGCUGGCGUCGUACCUCGGGCUCGUGCGCCGCGACGGCGCGCUCGUGCAGGUGGGCAACCCGGACGACGGCGCGUACUCGCUGCACCCGCUGCCGCUCAUCGCCGGCCGCGUGAGCUACACGGGCUCGGCGAUCGGGUCGCCCGCCGAGAUCCGCGAGAUGCUCGCGCUGGCCGUCGACAAGGGCGUCCGGCCGUGGGUCGAGCAGCGGCCCAUGAGGGACGCCAACCGGGCCAUGGCCGACAUGCUGGCUGGCAAGGCCAGGUAUCGGUACGUGCUCGUGAACUAG